UGUGCCCGAACCAGAGCCAGAGCCAGAACCGGUGCGAGCGCUUGAUCCUGAACCUGCUCCUGCCAAUGUGCCGGAGCCCGAGCCCGAGCCAGCGUUUGAGCCCGCUGAGCUGCCUGCCCCGGAGCCUGAACAACCCAUGAAGAAAGUGAAGAAAAGUAGAAGGUCAGUGCCAGUUCCAGAACAACCACCGGCCCCUCCUGCAGAAGCCCCAGUGGCCGAUGUUCCAGAGGAAGCUGCUAGGGGUCCUCCGACACCGCCACCCGAACCAGUUGCGCCGGAGCGAGCGGCAAGGAAGGAGCGUCCGCGCGUUGAGCGCGCGCCUGGUAGCACGUCGUGGGAUAUGUGGGGUGCUGCACCCCCGCCGAGGAGGUCAGGCCAUAGGGAAGAUAAGCAUAGAAGAAGGGAGCAAUCACCUUCGGGAAUGGGAAGAUCAAAGUCGACUAGACACUCAAGGCCAAGGGAACCGGAGGACGAGGUAGAGAGAUCGUUGGAACCUGAGAACGCCAGGCAACGGGAGCCUGCACACGAGCGGGCUGCAGCAUUCUCGAAUUUCAUUUUUGGCGCACCACCUCCCCCUACCAAAACGAAAUCUAGCAGGAGACAUGGCGAGUAUGCGCCAAGGCACACGUCACGGCGCCCACCUGUAGAUAUGGAUGACACCGGAUUCCCAUCGCCGCCACCGGAUGAGCAGUUCGAGAUGCCGGAUAAGGCUGCCCGCACGAUGGGUGCUCCUCCAUCUGGGUCAAGACGGGAGAGACCACGUGGCUCUCGGAAAAGAUCUAGUAUGGCCUUCUAUGUUCGUGUCACUCUUUGUUAAGUUAACUGACACGAUUAUCGUAGGCGCUCGUGAUCCAUAUGCUAUUGACGAUGAAGACAUCGUCAUGGUCAAUCCGGAUGAUGCUGAAGGCGAGCCCAAGGCUCCCUCUAGAGAGUCACGCCAUUCGGAACGACGGUCAAGGAAAAAGUCACGAUCACGGCAGGGAGACCUCCAAGAUGAUGCUGUCAUGGUGGAUGCAGACCCAGCCCAGCAAAGUCCAGACAUUGUUUCCGGACCUGAUGACAUGGCAUUUGUGGAGGCUCCGAGGGAACGGCGUUUAAGGCGAUCGAAUACAGCCCCCAAGAAACAGGAGACUGGCGGUCUCAUGGGGUUGAUCGGAACAUUGCGUCAACACAUUCGCCCUGAACUGCCUGAACGUCAAAAGCCUACGUCUUACCGGGAUGAGGACGCCAGGUACAUGACGGAGCCAGAGCGAGACGACGCACGGCGCCAGAGACGUGACGAGAGGAGAAGACGCGCAAUGAGACCGGACCCUGACCGUGAGGGCUAUGCUACCGAUGCUGGGCCGGCAAUAGAUGUCCCAGAGAUUCAGAUAGAAGAUGUCGAUGCCAGGAGAGAGGCGCGCAGAGCACGACGCGCUUCUCGACAAGGCGACAUUGAUCCGUAUCGAGACAGCGAAUUCCAAGAAGCCGAGGAACGACGAGCAAGACGACGGGAAAGACAAAGGGCUCGCGAGCACGAGAUGCAAGAAAUGCAACUCCGAGAGGAAGAGGAGAGAGCACAGCGACGCCGAGAGGAGAAGAUGGCUCGCCGGGCUGCUCGUGAAGAGCGCCGUGCCCGGGAGGAGCAAGAAGCUCGAGAGGCGGAAGCCCAGGCACAGGAAGCCAGAGAAGCGGAGGCCCGCGAAGCCAAGGCUGCGGAACGCCGCGAGCGGAGGCGGCAGGAAAGGGAGGCAGCAAUGUAUGAGAACCCUGGGUACGACCCGAGAUCCAGAAAGCGGCACUCGCAUAUGGAUGAUAGAGCGGCUAGGGACUUUUACAUGCAGGGCGGGGACCCGGACAGGGCCUAUCGUUCGCGCCGUCAUGGAGACGACGCUGAACACGCUAGACGUCGAAGGUCCAGGGCGCCUGAGGAGACGAGACCCGCACCGAUGAUGCCUGGACAGCGCAAAGACAAGACCUCGUCUUGGGUUAAUUCUCAAGCAAGUGAUCCCCCUGAACCGCCUCCAGUUGUGCCGACUAUGUUAGACAUGCCGCCUGCUCCCGGGGAGCCCAUGGAUGGGGCGCACUCAAUAUCAUCGGACGAGGAGGCCCGACGCGACCUACGCCGGAGGGCAAGGAGACGGGCCAGAUACCCCGGACUUACGGAUCAGGAGAUUGAUGAGGUGCGCUUGAAGAAACGCGAGGCUAGGAGGUCUGAGAGAGGACAGAAGAGCAGCUCGGGUAGUGCAGACUACGAGCGAGACCGUGGAAUGAGAUAUGACCGCUACGACCAACCACCUCCUAGCUCCGGAGGGAAGCUGCCUAACUGGUUUAAGAAACUUACCAGCUUUUAAGGGUACGCUUUACAAGAGAGAACUUGCUCGAUGAGCAGGGCUACAUUCGACAGUGAGAAGUGAUGCCAGAAGAAUGCUCCUUAUCUUAGUGCAUUUGAUGAUUGGAAUGACGCGAUGACUAUACACCAGAAAUGUUGGAAAUGAAACUUGGUAUUAAAUGUUGCAUGCGUUGACGACUUGUUCAGCACCGUUUUUGUUUACGAAGUUUUUCUCUUGAUUUUGAUUUUGUACACUUGAUGCAUGUAUGAUAAAUGAUGAGAAUAGCUGAAGUCCUCUCUUCUCGACGAUCUAACGUCUGAAAUGAAAAAGAAAAUUAUAAUUGUUUAAGAUCUAUAAUACAGACCCUCAUAUCUAUCUACUCCAACCAACUAAUCACCUUCACAACACUCCACCCUCACCAUCCUCCAUCCUCCUCUUCUCCAAGUACAUCCUCCCGCCCUCAUAAAUCCCCAGGUAAAUACUCAUCCCAAAAGCCGACCAAACAGACCUCAACGC